CGUAGUACACAGAAUACGAUGAUGAUAUCAUUGUAGCAUGGGAAAGUGAAAUAUCGCGAGUCAGGUUCCAAUGUAAAAGUGAUCCUGUCAACAGUUUUGUUAUCACUGCUGCUGGCUUUAAUAUUACAACAUGAACUGGUUACUGGGGGGUAAAACUAAAGCCGUUUCUACGACCAAUCUUCAAGCUCAGAAAAACAAGCAAAUAGAGUCUUUGAAAAAAGUCAACCCCAAAAUCCAAGAAGUUUUUCGAGAUGUAGAAUAUCAUGUGUCAUUUGUUAGUGGCAGUACCAAUGUUUGCCUCCGAGUAUCUCUGCCACCCCAGUUUCCACAGGAGAAACCAGUUGUUACUAUACAACCUCCUGCCAAACACCCUUGGGUGGAUUCCCAAUCAAAAGUUGUGGGAUGUCCUUCAUUAAAUGAUUUUACCAUGCAUAGUAACCUGGGUCUUGUGAUACAAUCUAUAAUUGAAGAAUUCAACAAGAAUCCUCCAAUUCUUGUACCAUUCAAUAUUAACACUCCUGCUCCAUAUUACGUGGGCCAACUUCCUUCACAAAGUCCAGUUGCAAAUAUAAGCAAUAUGUAUCCACAUUUUCGACCAGCGAAUACUCCAGUUAACCCUUGCACAAAGACACCGGUGUUAACUGCAAAUGGAAACCAAUCAACCUUGGAAAAUUUUCCCCUUCAGGAACCUCCUCAUAAUCCAGAGUAUUUCAGUGGAUACAAAAUGCCAGAAUUACCUACUUCAUUUCCUUCAUUGAAAACCAAGAGUAUAACAGAGUUAAACGAACUGAUGAAUGAUGAGGGCAAACUGUUUGAAAUGCUUCAGAAUCUACCUGAAGUGAUUAAAAUUGAGAAAGAACGCCAACAAAUGUCUGAUGAAUGUAUUAGCCUUGCAGAAAAAAAUUUGAAGAAAAAACCAGUGACAGAACAACUUAAAAAGUCCUUGCUAAAGAAGCUGGAUGAGUUGGAGAUGUUACAGAACGAAUUUGAAGAAGAAAGUGAGCACCAUAUGUGUCUGUCUGACCAGUUUCACCCCACCAGUAUUCAAAGUAACAUAAAGGUAGCUGUAAUGGAAGCAGAUGAAAAGUCAGAAAAGAUUGCUGAAGAUUUUCUUAAUGGAAAAAUUGAUAUUGAAGAAUUCAAACAAUGCUUUACAGAAGAAAGAACUUUAUGCCACUGCCGGAGAGCCAAAGAGGAAAAACUGAACCAAAUCAUACUGGCAAGUGGAUUCUACCCUCACAUGUGAUCUAGUCAAGUGGUCUUCAAAGAAAGCGAAAUUAUUACUACUCUGAAUAUCUUUAAAAAAGAAUAUAUCACAGUUACUCAUAGCAUUGUACCAUAUACAGGGUAAAUAUAUUUGCCCUCAGUGACCUUUGUAUAGCCACUACAUAAAGGACUUCACAACACUUAACUCACAGAAAUCUGUUUCUCAUCUUGUACAAAAACUAUUGGAAAAUUAUUAUUUUAUUUCAUUAUAAAGAGGUUACUUUCUACCCUCUCUCUUUCCUCCUUUUUUUUCUCUUGUUUUUUUCCAAACUUUCCGGAACUAAUUUUUCUACUGGCCUUCUAAUUUAUCUCCAUAGUUCCACAAUUGAUAUCAGUAUGAUAUGUAAAAAUGAAUAAAAUAAAUACUCCAAACAGUA